ACCAGAGAAAUAUUCAGUAGGAUCAGUAAGGAAAAAGAAGUGAGAGUGAGAAAGGACAAAUAAAUUGCAAGAAAACUGUGAAGAGUAAUAAAAAUCAAAGAGUGAGCAACAGAACAAAACCUUAUGGAACAUUUCUGAGAUCAAAUAAGUGAAUGGGUUAAAGUGAACCUAUAGAAGGCUACUAAGCUGAAGCUCAGUUGAGACAAAAAUAGGUAGCGAUUCAAAACAACAAAGCAGAGGCUUGGCAGAGAGGAAUAAGAGAGGUACAAACACUCAAUCUCCAUCAAGGCAAAGAGAAAGAUUGUGAGAACCUGGUAAAAUAAGGUGCUUGUAGAACCAGCAUUGGAGAACCGAAGCAGGAACCAGGACUCAGGACGGCAAAAGGAUCAGAGGAUUUUCCAAAGCACUUUUGUGUGGGGAUGGAAGAGGUACCACUGAGCUAUGAAGAAGCCAUUAAGAGGGCAGGUGAUGCGCUUCAUCGUUUUCCUCUUGUAGAUGUUGAGGGUGUGCCACUCAUGAGCACCAUUGCUGCCAACUGGAAAUCAAUUUCAGAAUUUUGCCCCGACCCAUCAGACCUGCUCAUCGCUACCUACCCAAAAGCAGGUACAACCUGGGCUCAGGAGAUAGUGGAUCUUCUGCUGCACAAUGGAGAUGCUGAAGUGUGCCAGAGAGCACCAACAGCUGUCCGUAUUCCAUUCCUGGAAAUCUGCUCUCCUCCACCCAUACCAUCAGGGCUUGACUUGCUUCAACAGAUGAAACCACCAAGAGUCAUUAAAACUCACCUGCCAAUCCAACUAGUGCCUAAAGGAUUCUGGGAAAAUAAAUGCAAGGUCAUCUAUAUGGCCCGAAACGCGAAGGAUAACAUUGUUAGCUACUUCCACUUUGAUCGAAUGAACUUCACCCAGCCAGAGCCUGGACCUUGGGAUGGAUACAUUCACAAGUUCAUGAAGGGACAAUUGGGCUGGGGAUCUUGGUAUGACCAUGUCAAAGGUUACUGGAGGGAACGAAAGCAAAGGAAUAUCCUCUACAUCCUCUAUGAGGACAUGAAAGAGGAUCCUCGUUGGGAAAUCGAGAGAAUCAUGCGUUAUCUGGACCUGUCACUUCCUGAUGAAGUCAUAGAUAGGAUUGUGCAGCUGACAUCCUUCAAAGUCAUGAAGGACAAUCCAAUGGCCAACUACAGCUAUAUCCCAAAGCCUGUGUUCAAUCAGUCCAUUUCUGCCUUCAUGAGAAAAGGAGAGGUUGGUGAUUGGGUCAAUCAUUUCACUCCAGCUCAGUCCCAGAUGUUUGAUGAAGACUUUACUAAGCAAAUGAAAGAUGUGGAUAUUCCUUUCCGCUUUACCAUUUGAGACCUUUCAUCAAUCCUUUUAUUCUUAUGAAACCUUUCAUGUUAAUGAAAAACAAAUGACAUUAAUGUUUAGCUAUUCAGAUGUCAAUAAGUGUGAUCAUAUGUUAUUGACCUGAUAUCAUUGAUGUGUAUGGCGUGCAGAAUUUACUGAAGUAUGUGUGGUAUACUUUUUUAAAUGAACUUUCUGAACAAAUUCAGAUUUCCCUUUCUACACAAACCAAAACAGCAAAGAUGCCAAAUCACUGAGGCUAACAUUGCACAGUCCCCUAAAAAUUGUAUUCUAUACCAAAUUUUGAUCAAUUGAUAUAUUUUUAGGAUAAUUAAUUAAUUGUGUUCAGUAAAUUAAAAAAUAACCCAAAAUUUCUGAUUAAAGGUAAAAAAUAUAUAUAUUUUACUUGCCUAGUUGGAUUGUUGGCUAUUUGAAGUUAAAGUUGGCCAUUUUUACUUUUGCAUUAAAUUGAAAAAUAAAAGUUUUAAUAAUGAAGAUUGGGAGUAAGAGAGUUAUGCGAAGAUGUAAUGACGAAACUUGAUCUAUGACAAAAUGUUCAGGGGUGUCCAAACUACGGGCAGUGGGCCAUUGGCAGUCUGCUGCCUGCUCUAAUGUCGUCCCCAAAAUAUUUUACUAAUAGAACAGAACUUGUUCUGCUAUUAAAAUGUUUUAUGAAAUUCACACUCUAAACACUGUGUGUUGCUGUCAUGUACAACCAAAUCUCUUCGCAUUCACCAAAGCUUCAUCUGCUACUGCUCAAGCUCAAAAAAAGUAUGGAAAACAUCUUGGUUAUGAUUGUAACCUUGGUUCCCUGAAAGGAGGGAACAAGAUGUUGCAUCAGUAGCUGACACUAUGGGAGCUUCAAAGGUGGCGUUUCGAGCUGCACUCCUACAUGUGAAUUAUUGUGGGCAUAUAAACAAGUACAAUGCCACAUCGCCAGAAUUUUUUGACUGACGUGAGGAGAGUGCAACUCUCAGUCCCUUAACAGCGAGAAAUCAGUAGUGCGGCAAUGCUUGUUUGCUCCUUUCAUGGAACCAAUGUUACAGUCAUAACCGAGAUGAUGUUCCCUUCAAAGUUGUGGCUGUAUCUGUUGCUAUAGGAGCAGUAUACCAUAAUGCCAUGCUACUGAUUUUAAAUGCACAUGACAAUGCCUACUAGCCAAAAGGGUAGUGGAAUGACCUCCCUUUCAUAUUGAAAAAUAGGACAAAUAUAUUGAAACAUAUAGUCAUAGACUUUUUUUUGUGAAACAAUAAAAUUAUUGUGUUGUUGCACUAUUCGACAGGAUAGUAGACCAAUGAAAUAAUACUUUGCAAAAUAGGGCUGCAGAGAGUGGACAACAUGGUCAAAAACAGUUUGUCCAGGCAAUUACACUAGCAAUCCUGGGUAAUGAAACCCUACUUCACCCACAGUUCCCCUUCUGUCGCUCUCUCCAUGUUGUGUCAGAGAAGCGACACUAGGGGUCUCUCUUGAGCGCCGAUAUUCACCUCUAUACUAUGAAAAAAGGCCAAUGA